GCUCCUGGACGGCCUGGUGUUCCAGCGCAUGGCCCUCACCGGGCUGCGGCCCCACUUGGCGCUGGUGGGGCUGUGGAUCUUGCUGGGCAUAGGCUACAACGCCCUCGUCUUUGCCCGUCAGGGUAUGGUAGCAGGUGUGGAGUGGUGCAGCGGCUACGUCUUGGAAUGGCUGCUGUCCAUGGACAACCUCUUCGUAUUCCAUCUCAUCUUCCGGCUCUACAACACUCCCCCGCAGCUGGUGCACAAGGCCCUGUUCCUGGGCAUCAUCGGCGCCAUUGGCUUCCGCUUCUGCUUCUUCGCCAUUGUGAGGGAGCUGCUGGACUUCGUCAGCUGGUUCCGCUUCGUCUUCGGGGGGUUCCUGAUCUGGAGCGGCGUUCAAGCUGCCAAAGACGAGGAGGAGGGAGAUAUCCAAGAGACGCGCCCGGUGCGGGCGCUGCGCUGGGCCUUGGGCAGCCGACUUCAAGAGGGCUACGACAAGGAGAAUGGCAGCAUCUUUGUCUGGAAGGACCAGAGACUGACCUUUACUCUGAUGCUGCCGGUGGUAUGCUGUUUGGAAAUCACGGACCUAGUCUUCGCCCUAGACAGCGUGAGCGCCAAGGCCGCGCAAAUCCCCAACUUCUGGACCUCCGUGAGCUCCUCGGUCCUGGCGAUGUUCGGGCUGCGCGCCAUGUUCUUCGUGAUCCAGGACUUGGUGCAGCUCUUCGAGCUCCUGAAGUAUGGCCUGUGUUUCAUUUUGGUGUUCAUCGGUGUGGAGUUGAUGAUCUCGGACUAUGUCUCGCUGCCUCCUCACGUGGUGUGUGUGGUGAUCCUCUCCGUCUUUCUCAUCUCGAUCGCUGGGUCAUCCGCAAUGCAGAUGCACAAGGGCGCUGGAGAUGUAUUGGUGUCUUCGCCAACGAGAUCUGGCGAGGCAGAUUGCUCACCAACCACAAUCAGCUGA